CGCCCGCGCCCCGAGGGGGGCAGCUGUGACGCCGGGAAAGGUCUCAAUAACAUACAAAUUACUCAUGGAGCAAAUUAACUGUGUGUGUGAAGGGCCGAGCCACAGGCAGAGCCAUGGAAGAUCCCCCUGGCAUACUGGAGGGGUAAAAGGUUAGCCCCUAUGCUGGCACCCCAGCCUGGCUUUCUUCUGCUUCAUCCCCGUCGCCUCCCCCCAGAUAUUUCAGCUGUGCCGGGACUGCCGGAUCCAACCCCCUCCCCUAAGGCAGUGGUUCUCAACCUUUUUUGUACCGGGACCCAUUUGUAAACAUCAAUGGCUGGUGCCCCCAGGGCCGGAUACAGGCAUGGGCGAACCGGGUGGCUACCCAGGGCCCGGACAGAAAGGGGACCUGAAAAUGGGUCCACAUUUGAGGAGUGUGACUGCCAAAGAACAUGGCUGCAGACAGCUUAUCAAGCAAAGCCCUGAAGAUCAAGCGUGAGAUGGGCGAGAACACACCCCUGUUGUCAGAUGAGGAGCUGAUGGGUUUGUCAGUGCGGGAGCUGAACCACCACCUACGGGGCCUCUCCAAGGAAGAGGUGGCGCGCCUAAAGCAGCGCCGGCGUACACUGAAGAACCGCGGCUAUGCAGCCAGCUGCCGGGUUAAGCGUGUCUGUCAGAAGGAGGAGCUGCAGAAGCAGAAGAUGGAGCUGGAGUGGGAGGUGGACAAGUUGGCCCGCGAGAAUGCUGCCAUGCGCCUUGAGCUGGACACCCUGCGAGGCAAGUACGAGGCCCUGCAGGGCUUUGCCCGCACCGUUGCUGCCCAUGGCCCAGCUGCCAAGGUGGCCCCUGCAAGCGUCAUCACCAUCGUCAAAUCCAGUACCAACCAGGCCACAUGCUCCUAGUGCCUGCCUGCCCUGCCGUGAAUUGAGUCCUCUCUCCAUGGCUGGGCCCAGCUCUCUACCUAGAAUGGACUGCAGCUGCACUGGCUCCUCCCCCAGCCCCUCCCAGAGCCAGAAUCAACUUGAAGACCCCCAGAACCCUCAGCCCUCAUUUCUUCUCUUCCCCGUCCCCUCCUCCACCUGCCUUAGACCAUGUGGUGGCUUAGGCCUGUCCCCCACAGGUGAAUCCUUGAGUUCCCCCCCGCCAAACCCACACACACUUGUCUUAUGUUAAAAAGUCCCCUCUUUCCUUUCCCUGCCCUUGUCCCUCCUGGCUUUAGAAGUGGGGAAAACCCUCUCACUUCUCCCUGUCAGGGGCACAGCAUCUUUGUAUGCCUGGCACCAAGGCUUGUGUAGGAAGAAAGAGAGAGGGAGAACUGGGAGCCAUCUUAAUGGCUUAUUCUGCUUAAUAGAGGACAGUGCAGGGAUUGGAACAUCCAUCCAGAGACUUACCAAGAGCUGCUGUGACCUCCCAGUCUUAUGGUCCACAGCUCUCCCUGCUCUCUCCUGCAUCAACCACAUUUCAGCUCUCCCUACCAGUGGCCCUGGGCAGCAGUGUAAUGCCCAGGACAGUGCCGGCUGCCACGAUGCUGAUAGUCGCGAUGCAAUCAGUCAUCACUGUGGCUCUGAUUAUUUUUGCACCCCCUAACAGAGGCAGCACCCAGUCAUCUCCCCUCGACUCCUGUUUAGUUACCCUACUGCUCUCUCCGUGCUUUUCCAGGAAGAGCCUGAAAUGCCCUGUACCAGAAGAGGAAAGAGCCACAGGCUCCCCCAGGGGGUUAAGCAGAUGUUCCAGGGAGUGGGAAGUAAUUAGAGGAACUAGGCAGUGCGUGGGGGAAAGGGUCAUGUUCAAUAGAGAGAGGAAGGUGAAUGCAGGAUGAUGUGUGAAAGGGAGAACAGGUCUCUGUGGCAGCUGUUUAGAUCAGGUCAGAAUGUGGCACUUGAACAUGUACUAGACACCAUGGGAAUUACCACACUCGAGCCAUUGAUUCAGCUGCAGGGGUGACUAUAACAUGGGAUGGAGUUAAGGAAGUCUCCCUCCAGUGCUAUCGCAGUGAAGUUAAAUUUCUAAGAUCUCCUGUCUGGAAGGGAACUACCGGUAGCUUUAGAAUGAAUGAGACCUGGGUAGUGGAAGGGGGUGGGAGGAAGAGAGAAAGGGAAUGUAGAGCAAUAGAAAGAAAACAAAGUAUGUGAGACCGAUGGACAGAGGAGGAGUGGCAGGAAUGCAUCUGAAUGAGGGGAGUUGGGGCCGGAGAACAUUUUGGUUGCAUUUUGUGACCACGGAAAUCAAAAGAUGCAAAAAUGUAGAGAGGAAUUUGAGGCAAGUGGAAGUGGGGGUGCAGCACACAUGGUACCCCCUAGAAUUCAGGUAGGGAACUAGGGAGCCAGCCCAAAUCCCAAACCUACUACCGAGAUGAGCCAAUCAGAAGGAAGCUGUUAUCUAUCUGGCAUUUGCUGAGCUAGAUAAAUCAUACAGAAGCUGUAACUUCCCGAGCAGGCAGGUGGGUCCGGUAAGCAGUUGAUGGGUUGAAAUAUCCUCUUUGAUUCUCUAACUUGAAAGACAGGGUUUCAUUUUGGGGAGAGGAAGGAGAGGGGCAUGUUUUUAUCUCCCUAAACACACACAUCCCUCACCUUUUCCUGGCUGCAGUAUCAUUUCAGCCGUGGCAUAGCGAGUCUCAUUGAAAAAAUAGAAAAAGCACCUGGCCGGAAGUAAACACAGCUGUCGUGGAGAUAAGGCUAUUACUGAUGUUACCUUGCACUUGAAUGUCCCUGUGGAGACUGGCACCACCUUGUUCCAGGCACUGUACAAACCCAUAUUGAGGUGGUUCCUGCCCCAGAGCUUGCAGUUUAGACUGGCAGUGGUUGGGAAGGGAAAGGGAGGCAUGGGGAGGUGACGUGACUUGCUCAUGAUCACAAAUCAUGGGAGUGGCAGAGCCAAGAAUAGAAGCCAAGCCUUCUGCCUCCACGCCCAGCACCCUUUUCAUGAGCUAAGGAAAGCACAAAGGCUGAGAGCCCAGCUCAUGGCUUGAGAGCAAGGACUAUUUCUCCAGUCACAGGCACCUUUUCCAAUCCCUCCUCCUGGUGGCCACUGUCUCAUAGAAGCCACUUGAAGGUGCAGUACUCUUCAGAAAGCUUGGGCAUGGGGGAAGAGGUAUAGCUCCCUCAAUAGGGAAGAUAUGGCAGGGUCAGUGGGGGUAAUGCUAGCCAGUUAUUUUGAGGCACUUGACACAAUAUAUGAUUAUCCCCUUCAUUUCUCAGACCCACUUAAGCACAACCCCUCCCUGGAGCCUGCGUGCCACCCACUGCAGUGCUGCAGCCACCUCCAGAUAGGUAGGUCCAACCUGUUUCCUCCCCUCAUCUAGUAGAAGGUCCCACAUUUGGCAUUUCCCCCUCCCACCCUCUCCUCUCCCCCCUCUCCAACUCCUCGAUGGUUAAUUUAUUGCACGAACAUAAGUUAUUUUCACAUCCUCUUUGCCAUUCCGCCUCUUGGCACAGCCAGGAUGUUGGUACAGAGCCGUACUUUAUAUUUUAUAUAUGCAAAUCACAUUUUAUCGUAUACUUAUAUAGAACAAAAACAAAAAACAUAUUUAUUUUCUGACUUACAGUAAAUGUCCUGUCCGACUCCUCUGUAUUUUGUAGACUUUAUAAAUAAAGUACGUUUUUUUUUUUUUGUUUUUC